GUUAUUUCAUACAAGAAAAAAAACGUUUGGAUUUCAUGUUAAAGAUACAGAGCUGGAGAAAAGUGAAGUGAGUCAGAUGAGUACCUUGACAACUUCUAUUUCUAGAAACUUAUUCCUGUCAACUUAAUUUAGAAUCAAAUUUGUGGAAAAUGUGAACAAUUCCGAUCUAUGCCGAGUCUGACUGACAGCUGCUUGACGGCAGUUGAGGCUCGUGGCUUCACUUCUGCUUCCCAUUGAUGGAUUUGGUGAAACUUUUUUCUGUUUUUGUCAUUCUGCUAACCCUAAAUCCAAAGAGAGACUCCUGAUGGGAACAGAAUCAUUCAGUCAAAUAACAGCUUUUUUCAAUCAUGCACCACAAACAUUGAAGCGUCUUUGUAUAUUUCAGAGGCGGAUGCUCUGGUGUAGUUAAGGUGUGGACAGGUUUGUCAGGUCAUGUCAGCUGUAGAGGCCAGCCCGCUUACCAUCCAAGUUCUAAACUCCAGCGAUGGGGUCCCAGGGGCCAAGAUGGCCCUCAGCCUGCACCGCCUGGACUCCAAGCUGGUGAUCUGGACCAUGCUGAGUGUAGGAACCACAGAUGAAGACGGCCGCUGCCCCGGACUUAUCAGACGAGAAGCUUUCACCCCCGGCAUGUACAAGCUCCGCUUUGAGACCGCUUCGUACUGGGAGAGCCGCUCUCAGACAUCUUUCUACCCCUAUGUGGAGGUAGUGUUCAGCAUCAGUGAUCCGGAGCAGAGCUGUCACCUCCCCCUGCUGGUCACUCCCUUUUCCUACAGCACUCACAGGAGCAGCUUAUGGCUGUGACACCACCUGCUGCAACAGACCCGUCCAG